AUGGGAGUUCUGUUGUCUCGCAGCCUUACUCCAAAGCCACCACUAGCACAUCAACUUCUGACAGGACGUCAGAUUACAAAAGUACGGAAGAAUUACAAAUUGUUGUUGAAUGUGCAAUCAGGAUUUCAAUACAAUCCAUUAUUUCGUUCUUCUCAGAAUGUAUAUCCGUGUAAAAUAUCCAAAUUGAGGGAUCCUCCUGGACCAGUCACAGCACUGGCAUCCUUUCCAGGAUCUGGAAACACUUGGAUCCGAUAUUUAGUUCAACAGUCCACUGGGUACCUUACUGGUAGUAUUUAUGGCGAUUCAGCUCUAGCUAUGGCUGGUUUUCAUGGAGAACGAAUUAAGAAUGGUUCUGUCAUCUUGGUGAAAACUCACGAGUGGGGCGACACCGUGCGGAGAAAAUUUCAUAAAGCAAUACUACUUGUUCGGGAACCGAGAAAGGCUUUAUUAGCAGAGUUCAACAGAAGAUUUGGUGGCCAUCUUGGCUAUGCUCCCCAAAGAAUGUUUUUUGGAAAUCAGAAGAAAGAAUGGCAAUUGUUUUUGGAAAAACAGAUAAAAGUAUGGAAGGAAUUAACACUUGACUGGUUGAAGUUUAAUGGGCCACUCCAUAUAGUAAAAUAUGAAGAACUGGUAGAACACCUCAAAGACAAUCUUUUAAAACUUAUCGAAUUCUUAAACGUCAGUGUAUCAAAUGCUACUCUAAGUUGUGUUUUGGAAAACAAAGAAGGCUUCUUCAAACGUAAGGAACGGAUUCAAAAACUGGAAAUAUUUGAUACUUCAAUAAAGAGAAUGAUAGAUAAACACGUAGAUACAGUGGAAAAGGCGAUCUGGCUCUACCAACACGGACUACAGAAGGAGUUGGAUAACUUAGAUACAGAAGUAGCUAAAAAAACAUACUAG